GUGAUUUAGCUUCACAUAUCCAAAACGCUUCAGUAUGAAAUUUGAGGAUCUUUUAGAAGAGCUUGAUGGCUUUGGACGGUUCCAGAAGAUGAUUGUUUUCCUCAGUUUUAUUGGUCGAUUCGCUCUCCCAUGCCACUUUCUAUUAAACAACUACAUCGGUGCUAUCCCUCGCCAUCACUGCAACAUUGGCUCUGUGGGAUCUGAGAAUCUAACACUGGAGCAGAGAAUGACCAUUAGCAUUCCCAAACAGGAGGAUGGAACCCUCACUUCCUGCCACAUGUUCUCAGAACCGCAGUUCCAGCUGUUAGACAAAGAGUCGAACUUCACAGAAGUUUCAGUUGUUGAAUGUGUGAAUGGAUGGACGUAUGAUAACAGCACCUUCAUCAGCACUUUAGCUACAGAGUGGGACCUGGUGUGUGAGAACAGAGGGAUGAAUAAAGCAAUGGCCACCAUCUUCUUUGUCGGGGUGAUGUUGGGAGCAGCUAUAUUCGGCAGUUUGAGUGACAGGUUCGGCCGUAAGCCCAUGCUGCUGGUGUCGUACCUGCUGUCGUUCUGUUUUGCGAUGGCGAGUGUGUUCUCCUCCUCUGUCAUUAUGUUUGCAGUGCUAAGGUUCUUCACGGGCCUGAGCAUCACCGGCAUUGUCAUUGUCACCAGCGUGCUCACUGUGGAGUGGGUGAAUAUCGAGAGCAGGAAGCUGGUGGGGGUGAUGGACAGUUUAAGCUGGACAUGUGGUUACAUGGUUCUCCCUGUCAUAGCGUACGGAGUGAGAGACUGGAGAUGGCUGACUCUAACGGUCACGUUAACUCUCGUGGUGGCAAUAAUCACCUGGAGGUGGAUUCCAGAGUCAGCUCGGUGGCUAAUCGCUAACGGAAAAUUGGAGAAAGCUCAGUAUUACCUACAGAAAUGUGCCGUCAUGAACAAGAGGACAAGAGUCAACUCUAUCCUGAAAACAGAGGUUCUCUCCUCUAUAGUGUCAGAGGGAGGAACACGGACUUAUUCAUAUCUGGACCUGAUAAGGACGCCCAAGAUGAGGAGAUUGGCUCUGAUGACUGGAAUUACCUGGUACGGGGUGGCUACCGCUUACUAUGGGAUCAGCUUUAACAUCAAAGGUUUUGGUCUGGACCUGUACCUGAACCAGUUCCUGUACGGUUCUGUGGAGAUUCCUGCUAAAGUCAUCGUCUAUCAGCUGCUUGACAGGAUUGGACGGCGUCGCACUGAGGUGGGCGGGCUCCUGCUGUCCGGCUGCGCACUUAUCGCUAACGUCUUCAUACCUAAAGAUCAGUGGAUUGUGCGCUCGGUGAUUGGAGUACUUGGUAAAGGAUUCUCAUCUAUUGCCUUCUCAACACUUGUACUGUACAGCUCUGAACUUUAUCCCACUGUCAUCAGACAGAAUGGAAUGGGCUAUAACUCCUUUUUGGCAAGACUAGGCGUGUCUUUAGCACCUUUGAUCCUCCUACUGGAUGAUGUGUGGACUCACCUGUCACAGGUGAUUCUGUGUGUCAUUGCACUGAUUACAGGUUUGGUGGCGAGUCAGUUACCUGAGACGAAGGACAGGUGUCUCCCUGAGACUAUAGAGGACAUCGAGGGGACGAGGACAGGUCAUGUUGCAGUUCCAGUCCAGGAGAAAAGAGGCCAAGAACAAGAAAAUGGAGGUUAAGGAGAAACAUCAAAUACACAAUAUCCUGUUUAUUUACUAAUUAAUGCUGAGAAUAAUGAGGAAAAAUAUUCAUUAAAUAACUUGUGAAGAUAGUAAACUUUUUACAUUUAAAUUUUAAUAAAAUGAACUCAAAAUAUGUUUAUUUUUAAUUUAACAAUAUAAAAAUUAGAUGAUUGUGAUGUCAACGCUUAAACAUCUGUAGCUGAAAAAAACAGAAAUGCUAUUAAUAUUCUUAUACAAAUAAAAAAUUGUAAAAAUGUGACAUGUUCACACCUUUUUUAUUCUAUCUCUCUUUCUCUCGCUUUCUCACACACACAGAGGUGUAACUUUGGCUUCAACCCUUAAUUGGCAAGCAAAGAAUCAUGCCUGUAAGCACACACACACACACACACACACACACAGUCUCUUAAUCAGAGACAUCAAAAUAUCAGAAGAAAAUCCACAACAAUAUGAAAACCAUCAGAAAAUAAAACUCUUGAAGAAGAGGAGAAACACUGAGAACUCCACACUUAGAAAAAAUAGUUAAAUAAAAAAGUAUAGGAUUUUGAAGAUUCACCAGAUAAAUUACAACCUUAGAGUUAAUUAAAGUCUCUGUGUCGCCCUCUGUGGGCUGCCACGAGCAAUAACACUUACAAUGUGAAGACACAAAGCUUAGUUUCUGCUGUUCCCAAAUCCCUUUGUUCUUUAAAAAUUGAAAA